AUGGCCUUGGCAACUGAAUCCAUUGGCGUCUAUGGCCUCCGUCAACUGCCAUCUCCCGACUAUGAAUAUUACGAUGUACCUGAGUUGCCUCUUACACAUAGACGGAGUUCAUCAAAGACUGCGAGAAAAUACAAGUUUGACUACAACAUUGCCGACCACGAGGGCAACCAGCAAUAUCGGAUCGAAAGGGCCGACACGCAGAACACCAAGACGGGCGCGUACGGAUACCGAAAUGUCAACGGGAUCUUCCGCCACGUGAACUACAUCGCAGACAAAUACGGCUUCCGCACUGUGGUGAACACAAACGAACCCGGUACCGCCCCUAUGGACUCUGCUGACGCCGUCUUCAACGCUGCUCCCAUCAAAAUUCUUCCUGUUAAGGCACCCCAACAUUCAAUAGCUGCCGAAAACAUUUGGUAUGCAGGCCUCGCAAAAGAAUAUGGCGGACGUUACGGCCUCCGGAACGGCGUACCUGCCCCUUCAAAAUAUCAUCAGCAAAGGCUGCCUGAGGUUGAUACCGAUCACAUCGGCUUUGCGAAUCCAGAGCCGAACUCGGAUUACUACUACUAGUAGCCUUGAAAUGAAGACUCCCCAUGCGACCGCACUUCCUGACGUCUCAUCAUGAAAUUCCUUCUCCUUAACACAGAAAACCCGUUUUUUUUUUUCAAAGCAUCUAUGUCUAGUCUAUCGCACAGCAGAAAUAUAUGCUACAAACAAGUCAUUGCAUAAGCAACAGGCUUCCUGUGCAUUUUGUAGCCUCAACCAAAUAUUUAUUUCACGGUAUGCCAUAAGAAUGUUUGAAGCUUAACAAAGGAGACAUCAGCAUGCAAAGUCGGAUCCCCAGCUACUCCGAUAUCAAAAGCGAAAAUGACAAGCGAGUGCAGUGUAGCGCCACCAUUGAUGUAAAGUUUUAUAUGAAUAGCCUGCUCUACGUGCAACAGCGAGCCUGAGAAGGCACCAACUUGCAACUUCGAAACAGAAAGUAGCUUACGAAAGCCAACGCCAAGAAGUAAAAACCAUUUCUUUGGCUGCCGUUGGUUGCCAUCAGAACUGGGGUGUUCGGACGUUCUGUGCCCAUCAUCCGUGCCAUUUGGCACAGGUUGCAACUGUGCGGCCUAUCGGCUGAUGGUCCAAGGUGA